GCUACUACUGCUAACAUAGUUUGCUUCAUAUCCAAUUCUCAAAUAGCCUUUUUCCCACUAUGGCGGACUCCUCCGCAGCUGUCACUUCGCGGCUGUCAAGGCUCAAUCCAUUCUCGAGGUCGAAACCAGAGGUCGACGAUGAAGAUAUAGGAGAGGAGGUUGACUCCGCCACUGUUGCUGGUGGUGGACACAGUGCUCGUCAAAGUGACAUUACCAAGAAUCAAUUGCGAGUCAGCCGUGCUCUACGCCGAUUUCUCAUUGACAAUCGCAUGCUCUCCGAAGAUGAUGCUCGUGUGGACAACAACGAUCAAUUGACGCCCAGGGUUCGCGCUCUUCUUGAGGAGCCUCAUAUCCAUGUCCCUGCCGAGUUGACAGAUCGAUCGCACCCUCUCCCGGAUUAUUUUAUCAGCUCUAGCCAUAACACAUACCUGUUGGCCCACCAGCUUUACGGGUCUUCCUCGGCUAGUGCGUACGAGAGCACUCUCCUGGCUGGUGCUCGUUGUGUCGAGAUCGAUGCUUGGGACAACGACGAGAACGAAAACGAACCUAAGGUCACCCACGGCUACACACUUGUCUCCAACAUUUCGUUUCGAGCUGUUUGUGAAACAAUCCGAGAUGUCGUUGACAAGGAAGCUACCGAAUCGACCGAUGCUCAAGGCUACCGUGCUGCUCCGAUUCUGUUGUCGUUGGAGAAUCAUUGCGGACCUCAAGGUCAAAUGCGGUUGGUCCAAAUCAUGAAAGAGGUCUGGGGUGACCGACUCCUUGACGAGGCUGUCCGUCAAAAGGGCCAUGAAGAGCAACAAGGUCUAGGGGGCCAUGUGCGUCUCAGCGACCUUGGUUCCAAGAUUGCUGUCAUUGUCGAAUAUCACCAUCCCGAUGAGAAACUGGACAGCGACGAUACUGAAUCAUCCUCCUCCGACUCCGACGACGAAAACGAAACCCCCGAAGAAAAGGAAGCCCGGAAACAAUAUAAGCAGAACAAACAAAACGAAAUCGCGAGCAAAAUCAUCCCCGAACUCGCUGACCUGGGAGUGUAUGCUCAGUCCGUCAAGCCAAGCGAUAACUCGUGGUACGACAAAGAUGAACUGACCAAUACUCCGCAUCACCCUCUGAUCAACCUCUCGGAAUCGGGCUUGGGAUCCCACAUGCCCACCCACAGCGACAAGAUUGCCCGCAAUAACGCCAAACACCUCAUGCGCGUGUACCCGAAAGGAACUCGCAUCUCGUCCCGAAACCUGAAGCCGGUUCCAUUUUGGGGCGUGGGUGCACAAAUCUGCGCAUUGAAUUGGCAGACUUUUGGUGCCAGCAUGCAAAUCAACGAAGCGCUAUUCAGCGACACUGACGGUUAUGUGCUGAAACCCGGCCCCUUGCGUGCUGGGGGUACUGGCGUCCUCAGCUCUCGCAAACGCCGUGUCACACUUCACGUGGGCGGUGCCACCGACAUUCCUGUGCCUGAAGAUCGCGAACCCUCUGAGGUCAAGCCCUACAUCACAUGUACCCUUGUCCACCCAGAUGACUUGGCAGACACGCCACCCAAGCGGAAAACAUCUGCCUAUAGACAACACAAGUUGACCGGAUUCCUGAACCGACACAACGAGAAUCCACCGGUGACUGAUCCUCUGUGGGAUGAGAAGCUACACUGGGAUUAUCGGGAUAAUGAUCUCACAUUCCUGCGGAUUUUGCUCAAGAGUGACGAUGCCUUUGCCAGGAACCCUAUCUUUGCGGUGACAGCGGUGAGAUUGACAUAUGUUGUGCCAGGACAGUGGAGGUUCAUUCGUCUAUUGGACCUGAAGGGUCGCGAAACAAAAUGUGCGUUGUUGGUGAAGUUUGACUUUGAGGAUCUGUAGAUUUGAGGCUGGUCCAGGGCAAAGUUGACCUUCACUAGAUGGUCCGUGUGGUCUGGACGCUUUCAAUGCAAAGGACGAAUCAAGUGAUUCAAAGCCAUGCAAUUAUGACCUGACGAUAUAGCCAUGAGUAUAAAAAGACAUAUAUAUGAGAGAGAGAGACA